AUGGCUGCCCGGUGCCGGCUCGCCACCAGCUUCCACCGAGUCCACGGUGCCAAUGUCCAGCUGGACGCCUCACGCAUGCGGGCCACACGAGUGGAGAGCUUUGCCAACGGGCUCUGCUUCAGCCAGGAGCCGCUGGCGCCGGGGCAGAUCUUCCUGGUGGAGAUCGAGGAGAAGGAGAAGGGCUGGUGCGGGCACCUGCGUGUGGGGCUGACGGCCCACGACCCCCAGAGCCUGGAGGUGGUGCCCGAGUACUCGCUGCCAGACCUGGUCAAUCUGGGUGACACCUGGGUGUUCGCCAUCACCCGCAGCCACAACCGCGUGGCGCCGGACGGGGGGGAGGAGGCGCCGGAACCGGCACCGGCACGGUGCUCGCCCUGGGAGCCCUUCCUGCUGAUCGAGCAGGUGCGGAUCCCCCGGGACGCGCUGGUGGGGCGCAGCCGGCCCGGCCGCUACAGCCACAUCCUGGACGAGCUGUACAGGGCCAACGUGCUGCCGGCCACGGCCCGGCGCAGCCGUAUCGGCGUGCUGUACACCCCGCAGCCCGACGGCACCGCCGACAUGCACAUCGUCAUCAACGGGCAGGACAUGGGGCCCAGCGCCCGCCGCCUGCCCACCGCACGCCCACUCUACGCCGUGGUCGAUGUCUUCGCCUCCACCAAGAGCGUCCGGAUCAUCCCGGUGGAGUAUGGCUUGCCCUCUCUGCAGACCCUCUGCCGCUUGGUCAUCCAGAAGCACAUCAUCCACCGCCUAGCCAUCGAUGGCCUGGACCUGCCACCACCACUCAAGAGCUUCUGCAAACAUGAGUGAGGUGUUGGGGACUCUGCCCUGGCUACCCCUGUACCAACAGCCCCCCGGUAGCAGCUGGCCAGCUGCCUGGGCAGGAGCUGUGUCCCCUGGCUGUCCCCUGGCCCACCACACGCUGCCACCAGGCUGAUGCAGGAGCAGGGGCAGUGCAGGGGAUGGACUCCCCUCAUCACAGAUGGGUGCAGUGGGGCUGGUGACAGGGCUCAGAGCGAGCAAUAAAGUGAUGCCAGACA